AUGAAGAAAUUUAUUCAUUUAAAACAUACUAAAAUUGUCAAUGAUAAAGAUUGUAAACAAGAAGCUUUUACUAAUGCAAAACUAUCAAAUAAAUAUUCACUAGGUGCAGAACAAUUAUGGCGUAAAACUACAUAUUUUCGUGAUGAUACAUUGCAUCCAAUUCAAUCACCUACUACUUACGAACAAACAACUCCUCUUAAAACUUUCAAUAUUUUAGAUAAUAGUUCGCAAUAUGAUAUUCAUAAUAUGUAUGAUACAAAUGAUGCAUUAAUUAAAACAAGUCCAUCAACAUCUUUUUCAUCAACUUGUUCAUCUGAUUGUAGUCCAUAUUCACGUUUAAUUCCAUUUGAAAUUCAACAUCAAUAUUCAACAACACCAUUAAAUGAACAUUCAUAUCAACAUUCAGUUUCAAUAACACAUUCAAGUCCAACUAAUCAUUCAUUGAAUUCUUCAUUUAUGUGUCAACAAUGUCUUCCACCAGAUGAUGAAUGUUCUGAACCUAUUACAUAUGAAAUUUUUAUCAAACAACAACAACAACAACAACAACAACAAAAUACAAACGAAUUAGCAUCUUGUUAUAGUUUAUACAAUAAUGAAACAUUAUCUUCUUCAUAUAAAACUGAUUAUAAUAAUCUUUCCAAUAUUGUUACUGAAGAGCCUAAUCAAUGUCAAUUAGACGAUAAAUCAGCAGUUCAUUUAGAAUCAUCAUUACCUUUACCUGCUCCAAUUUCAUUUUCUGUUGAAAACAUGUGUUCGCCUGGCAUACAGAAUUAUUAUUUAUCAUUACCUUCACAUGUAUUUAAUAAUUCUUUUAAAAACCAUUCAUUAAUAAAUAGUUCAGAAAUAUCCAAAGCAAAAAAUAAAAAAUCAUCGCAUAAUAAUAGAUCACGAGGAGAUCGAUCGCUUUACUUAUGUUCAUAUCCUGGAUGUGUAAAAACUUACUCAAAACUAUGUCUUCUACGUUCUCAUGAAAGAAUACAUUCUGGUAUUAAACCAUAUCCAUGUACAUGGCCAGGAUGUGAAUGGAAAUUUGGACGAUCUGAUGAAUUAACACGACAUUAUCGAAAACACACCGGUGUAAAACCAUUUGCCUGCCCAUAUUGUGAUCGUGCAUUUGCUCGUUCCGAUCAUUUGACACUUCAUACAAAACGUCAUCUAUCAAAGAAAAUUUAG